UAACACAUCUCAAUUUCAAUGCAAACAUGUUUGAUUCACAAUGAGAAGAAAUAUAUACCAUAGAGUUAAAAAUGGAGUCCUUUGUCUAAAGAAAUGCAAUGAAAUUGCCUUUUGAUACAUGAUGAAAAAUGGUUUUGGUCUAAAAUUAGAAAUAAGGAAUAUAAUACACAAGAGUGAGUCAAAUAAUAUUUUCUAACCACACGAGAACCAGAGGUACAUGAUAUCAGAAAAAUAACUACCAAACAGAAAUGGCAACCUCUCAAAAAUAACGACCUCUUUAUAUAAAAGAAAGCCCUCCUUUCUAAUUAACAUAAAAGCUUAUAUAUAUAUUAUCCAAAAUAACUCGGUCCUCCCCCAUUCAAAACAACGAUGGCAAAAUCUUUUCAGGCUGCAGUUACCUUCUUUGCCGGUGCUGUUUACCUCCUCUCUCUCCUCAGCAUCGCUCUCUCCGCCGAUCCUAAAUUCCACGUAGAGGGUGAGGUUUAUUGUGACAAUUGUAGAACUCAAUUCGUAACCAGAAUUAGCGAAGUAAUUUUAGGAGCUAAGGUACGGUUGGAAUGCAGAGACAGAGCAGGUGGGGAGAUAAAAUACAGGGUGGAGGGUGACACGAACGAGUCAGGCGUGUAUCGGUUACCGGUAGAAGGAGAACACGAGGAGGAGAUAUGCGAGGUGUCGCUUGUGAAAAGCGGUAAGCCUGAUUGUGAGGAGAUCAGCAAGGAUGAACCGACCAAAUUUUCGUCGAGAAUCAGCCUCACAUCAAACAAUGGCAUCGCUUCUGAGGUGCGAAAAGCAAACCCUCUCGGCUUCAUGACAAAAGAGAGGGUUCCUGAGUGCACUCAGGUCUUUAAGGAGUUGGGCAUCUUCCCCACUGAUAACAUGUGAAAGAAGAUAUUAUAAGUACUUGAAUAAACAGUUUCCUUUUGGCGCUUCAUUCAAAAUGUAUCAGUGUAAUUAAUUAAUUAUUAGGACUUAGCUAGCCUCGCACCAACGGAUCGAUGGGCUGAUUAGUACUAGUCUAUUUAUUAAAUAUAUUAUUUGUUAGGUCUGCAUGAUUUAUUUUUGUUCAUGGAAGGAAGGCUGUUAUAUUUUGUAAUUUGCCUACCACAGCAGUGAUUUUAUAUGUAAUGAAUGAGUUAUAAUGGUUUUAGGUA